AUGUCGGAACAGCCAUACGAUCCAUACAUCCCGAGCAACGGUGCUCAACCACAGGGGGGUAAUGGACAAAGCAGGACCGCUCAGAUCCAAGCUCAAAUCGACGACACCAUUGGUAUUAUGAGGGACAACAUCAACAAGACAACAGAAAGAGGACAGAACUUGAAUCAAUUACAAAACAAAACAAAUGAUUUGGCCGACUCCGCGCAAGGCUUUAGGCGUGGCGCCAACAGAGUGCGAAAACAAAUGUGGUGGAAGGACAUGAAGAUGAGAAUGUGCUUGGUUUUGGGUGUCAUCAUUCUUAUCGCUGUCAUUGUCAUUCCCAUCGGUAAGGCAUUCUAA